GCGUUCGCUGCAUCUAUGCGGGAACGCGCAUCGGGGGCCUGUCCCUACGCAAUGGAAAGGGGGCGCGCCCGACUUAAAGCGGCGCGCUGUCCAGUGUUGAUGUGUCGCAGAUUUUAAAAAGUGAGCCAGACAGGAGGCGUGAGUUUGCUGUGCGGGAAGCGGAGACACUCGGGGUGGAAAACUACCGUCCGGACGAUCACGCAGCGGACUCCACGCAGCGGACACACUUUGAAGGCUUUCCCUCCCGUCCUGCUGCAACUGUUCUACCCGUGCGCCUCGACAACAACAAGCUGAGAUCCAGUUGAGUCCUGUUUGGAACGUGCACGGGCCGGCUGCACGGGGACAUGGAGCUGUCAUCAAUAGGAGACCAAGUCUUUGCAGUUGAGAGUAUAACGAAAAAAAGAGUGAGAAAGGGAACUGUGGAGUAUCUACUGAAGUGGCAGGGAUGGCCCCCAAAGUACAGCACUUGGGAACCAGAGGACAACAUUUUGGACCCCCGUCUGGUUCUGGCCUACGAAGAGAAUCAGGAGAAGGUCAGAGCUCUGGCAUAUCGCAGGAAAGGUCUCAGACCCAGGAGGCUCCUGCUGCGGAGCGUUUUCCCUAUGGACCUCCGCAGUGCUCACAAGAUGCCGGAGAAGCCCCCGCCCCGCCUGCGUCUCUCCCUCACGCGCUCCACGAGCACAGACGUGGAGCAGGUGUACCGCCGCUCGGUUGGGAGGAGGAACAGACUGAGGGUGAGCAGCAUGGGGCAUGUCCGUUCCUCCAGCCAACACAAGAGGAAGAAAAUGGUGCAGGUGGAGGAAGACUGGGGGGUCACCAGCGAAGACGACAAGCCGGAGUCUGAAGGCACCAUCGAGGAGAAAUGUGAAGACAGCUCAUACGGUCAGUCUGAAUGCAGCUCGCCUCUCUUGAUGGAGCCACCGGAUUUGGACAUGGAGGUGGAGGAGGAGGCAAAAGCCCCCCCAGCAGCAGAAAGCACAGAAACAUGGACGGAAAGACCAGAAGACGCAAAUCAGAGACAAACAUCAGUUUGCAGCCAGCUGACAGACGUUCAGAAGAGCUUGUCAGCCUUUGAGGCCCCUCCAGAAGUUUCUGAGGGUUCGGAUUGGGACUUCUGCGAAAAAGAACCGGAGUGUCCCGAAGAAAAGAGUGGCUGCUGCUGCGAGAGAAGCAACGCCACCUCGGUGAUAAUGCGGGUCCAGGGGAGCGGCGUUACACCAGGUGAUGCCGCAGACGGCGAGCAGGACAAAAAGGAGGCAAAAGACGACAAUCAGAGUGUUGCCAUGACCACGACAGACAGCCCCGUUCCCACGGGGAAGGUGAUCGUGACACAGGUGACGGUUAACAGCCUGACUGUGACUUUUACCGAAGCCACAGAGGCUGACGGCUUCUUUAAGGGCUUUUGAGGGAACGUUGGCAGAAAACCGAGAGAUCCAGAUUUAACCGUAAAUCCACUUCCCACUCGUGUUGGAUGUGUAAAUAACGCUGUAUGUAAGGUAACUCCAUAUGUUUACAAAACUACACUCUUCCAAACAUAAUUUUAUUGCCUUUGAAUUAAAUAAACGAGCGGUCAUUUUAGUAUUGUGGCUCAGUAAUUAGAGGUAAUACAAAGUCUGAAGUCUCUCCAAGUUAUCCAUUGCCAUCCAACAGACUUGAUGCUACUCAGUGGCAGGUUAGGAGCCACUGGGUUUUACUGAGAACGGGCCGCAGCAGCCUGAAACAUUGCUGUCCACUACUUUGAUGCAGCUACUUCCAGUUGCCAUCAGUGCUUUCCAGCAGGACGUCUGUCUCGCAGUCAGAUUUGUUUUUCGGGGCCCGUUUGAGCCGCUCCUUUCUUUCUUACAGAUUUUACCCAUUUUAUACAGAUCUCCAUCUUUUUUUAUUUGGCACAAAGCCGAGCGCAUGCCCUGUCUAUCUGUGCCCAGCGUGCAUCUGUCCCGCCGCUUUGUUGGACGGGUUUAUUUCAGUCACAAAAGAAACGCGAGCAAAGGAUUAACGCCUGCAGCUUACAUGAAGAUCUGCUGGAUGGAUGGAAGAAAAAGCUCUUUAAAAAAAAAAAAAAAAAAAAAGACGAGCGCACAGUUGUUUGUUGUCUAUCUGUGCUUCAACUUUUGGAGUUGGAAAUUCUUUCUGGUUCUAUUUUUGUAUUACCAGUUGAUAGUCUGCUCUUUUCAGUAAGUAGCCUUUGCAAAUAUCAGAGGAGGAGAUCCAGAGUAGAACGCUGCUUUGAUGCUGUGUAGUUAAAUGUGCACAUUGAAGCAAAUGUAGUGAUCUAUUAUUUAUUGCAUGUCACUUGUAUAAGCUAAACUAACUUAUGUGUCUUCAGCAAAGACGGAUUGUCAAUCAUGUCUUUCCUUUGUUGAAUAAAGUAAAACAUACUUUGACUGUAUUUUCAAUAAAUGUACACUAAAGUAAACAUGCCUGCAUGUGUUUGUACCAACAUA